CGUCGGGGAUGAGGAGAAUGAAUCCCCUGUGGGGAAGGCGGCCGGGACCGUGAGGGAGAGGGAGAGGAACGGUGUACACUCAUGCUGUUCAUUAUCCCGCGGGAAGAUGGAUGGUUUUCGCGGACGGUUGUCUAGGCGCCCGGGCUCGCUAUAGGGAGACGUCAGAGCGCUCCGGUCCGCGGUGGAGUAGCCCCCGACGCCCCCCCCCCCCCCCCGACCGGGCUCCCAUAUAAAGUCGGGGCUCGGCGAAGGCUGCAACAGCGGCGCGGAGGACGGCGACAGCGGAGCUCCCCGAGGUCUAAGUCCUGCGCUCGCUGCUCUGCUAGGAAGGCGCACCCUCCGCCCAGCCCUCUGCGCGCCCCGGAGCUGCCCGUCGGGACCAUGCGCGCCCGUGAGCUGCCGCUCGUCCUGCUGGCACUGGUCCUCUGCCAGGCGCCCCGGGCCCCUGCCGCCCCGGUGCCGGCGGCCGGGGAGACCAUGCUGGCCAAGAUGUACCCGCGCGGCAACCACUGGGCGGUGGGGCACCUAAUGGGGAAAAAGAGCACAGGAGAAUCCCCAUAUGUUUACGAGGGAGGGAGCCCGAAGUACCAGCUGCGGCAGCACAUUCUGUGGGAAGAAGCUGUGAGGACUCUGCUAAGCCUCAUGGAAGGAAAGGGGACAGGAAGCCACCAGUCACCUCGCGGGGCAUCCCUGGGUAUUCUCCAGUCUACUCCAGAUUCCGAUUCCAAGGAUAGCAGCAACUUUUCAGAUGUAGGUUCCAGACUCAAAGGUUCUCAGAGUGAAGGAAGGAACCCCCCAGCUGAACCAACAAUGACGGCCUCUUUCAAAGAAGCAAAACAGAACCCUUGAGAAUGCAUUCCACAGGCAUCAAUUCUACUGGCUCACCCACCAGAUUUUCUUUGUGCAAAAUACUUAACUAUUCUUGUAUGUUUCAACCUUGACUAAAUUCGUGGUUUUCAAGCAGCAUCUUCUGGUUUGAAUUUAUUUGCUGUGAAAUUAUUGUCCUUAGAGAGUCUUCCAAGUAAUGCUCUUUGAAUUUAGCCUCUGUGUCAAUUACAUUCCAGACUCUGACCUGUUACCAUUCACAAUAAAAGCUUAAACACACAGUCCAAAGGGCAGGUAGUUCUCUUAUUUCAAUUCCUAAUGAGAGGACAGUGUGGCAGAGAUUAAUAAAAAACACACAAAACUUGAUAAUGAA